AUGGACUUUGCCAUUGUACUGGUAUGGGAGUGGAGGGUAUCAGAUUGUGAGCUCAGUGCUCAUAAAGCAGUGAAAACAUCCGACAAGAUAUGGGUAGACUACGCAUACAAUAGAGAUACAUGUAUAUCUCAGAAUCAGCAAGUGACGCUAUCAUGGAAUGACGUCACCGUGUCAAUUUUAUCCAGAUGUGGAUGCAGAAAACAGAAUUCUUCCCGUAAACUCCUCCUCCAUAACGUGAGCGGAGAGAUAAAGCCUGGAAGACUUGUUGCCAUCAUGGGAGCAAGUGGUGCAGGGAAAACGACACUGAUGAAUGUUCUAACUUUUCGAAACAUUCGUUCCCUUUCUAUUGACGGAGUCAUAAAAAUAAACAACCGAACUGUAAACAAGGAGGAUAUGAACAACAUGUCAGCUUAUUUACAACAGGAAGAUCUAUUUCUGGGCACAAUGACAGUACGCGAACACCUACAAUUUAAGGCCUAUUUACAAAUGGACGCAGAUGUUAAAACUCGAGAAAGAAAAGUAGAAGAGGUCAUAUUUGAGCUUGGACUGUCAAAAUGUGCCGACUCAGUUAUAGACAUGCCAUAUUCUAAUAAAAGAAUAUCAGGAGGGGAAAGAAAAAGGUUGUCUUUCGCCGCAGAGCUAUUGACGAAUCCACCAUUGAUGUUCUGUGACGAACCGACUUCGGGUUUAGAUUCUUUCAUGGCAUCAAGCGUUAUUCAGAGCUUGAAGAUGCUAGUGCAUAAAGGUCACACAGUUUUGUGCACCAUUCAUCAGCCCUCUUCGGAAGUAUUCGCUCUUUUUGACGAGAUUUACCUACUGGCUGAAGGACAUUGUGUCUUUACAGGUUAUACAAUGUACGCUUUGGAUUUUUUCAAAAGACAUGGUUACCCUUGCCCUUUAAACUACAACCCUGCAGACCAUUUCAUUCUGACUCUGGCAAUGGUCCCUGGACACGAACAGACAUGUCAUGCAAAGAUUCAUAAAUUACGCAGCGAGUUUGAAAAAGCAAAGGAACUGCAGUUUUACAAUUCAGAAUAUCCAUCAUCACAUUCCAGUGAUGGAAAAACCUUGCCGCGAUACCAAGCACCCUUUUUAAAACAAUUACGUCAUCUUCUGUGGAGAAGUUGGAUAACUAAUAUUCGCAACCCAAACUUGGUGAAAAUCAAAUUUGCGGAAGCCAUACUAUUUGCCGUUAUACUUGGACUCUUUUAUUUGAAGACGGACAAUGAUUACAAGCAAGAUGACGUCAUGAACAUUAAUGGAUGCAUUUUCUUUGCCAUAGUGUCAUUAAGCUUAGAUACAAUUUUACCAAUUUUAAAUGUUUUUCCGUGUGAAGUUCCCGUGUUUGUAAGAGAAUAUGGCUGUAAAUUAUACAGAAUAGAUGUGUAUUAUCUAAGCAAAAUUAUAGUGGAGAUUCCCUUCCUGGUCAUAAUUCCCACCAUAUUCAUGUCUAUUCUCUACUGGAUGAGCGGAUUUGUAUAUACAGGGAUAGAAUUUUUCACAGCUAUAGGGAUAGCUAUUUUAGUUGCAAACACUGCAGCAGGAUUUGGAUAUGUUAUAUCUGCCGGUGCUCCAUCAAUUACAGCAGCUUUAGCAAUAGCCCCGCUAUUAAUAAUGCCGCUGAUGAUGAAUGGUGGAUUUUUCUUGAAUACCAGGACUGUACCUGAUUACUUUCUGUGGUUAAAAUAUUCCUCAUGGUUCAUGUACAGCAACGAGUUAAUGACUGUCAAUCAAUGGACCAACGUUCACCAUAUAGGGUGCAAUAAUAAUGCAACAUGCAUUUCAAAUGGAAACUUAGUCAUUGAGAAUCUGGGAUAUGAAGCGGACAACCUAUUCUUUGACUGGAUAUGUUUGGCUGCUUUAACUGUGGCUUUUAGAAUACUUUCAUUUUUGAUCUUAUUCAUAAAGGCAAAAGUAUCAAUGUAG